AUGGCCGACACAUCCAUCACUCGUUCUAUCCUACUAUGGACGCCGGCCAUUCUGCUGGUGGCGUACUAUCCGCUGCUUCUGAUCUACCGGUUAUUCUUCUCGCCUAUGAGCAAAAUUCCUGGGCCAUGGAUCACAAGGAUAUCCGAUGUCCCGGAAGCGAAUGCUUUGAAAGAUAAAAGACGAGCGGAAUGGGCUAAUGAACUGUUUGCUCAAUAUCCGGACUCCGUGGCGGUAAGAACCCGGCCAAAUGCCGUGUCGUUCAAUCACCCGGAUGCCGUGAAGGCCAUCUACGGCCAUGGCAAGGGAGCCGAGGAGUUUGGCAAGUCAGGCUGGUAUGACGCCUUCUCGACUACUGGUGAAUCCUUAUUCUCGACGCGGUCGAAAAAGAACCAUGCACGGAAGCGCCGCAUGGUCUCGCAUGGCUUCAGCAUGCAGUCACUCUAUUCUUUCGAGCCGUACGUCGACGCCGUGAUGCAAAUCUUCAUCCAAAAGAUGGACGAGUUUGCCAGCACCGGCCAGCCGUUCGACAUUUACUUCUGGUUCGAGCUGUUCACCAUGGACCUGAUGGGCGAACUGGCUUUUGGUCGCAACUUCGGCGCUCUUCAGGGCGGCCAACCGGUCAAGUACUCGAAGCUCGUAGAGCUGUCACAGCGCUUUGCCAAUUUGAGUGGUCUGUUGCCAUUCGGCAAGUACAAUGUGAAAGUCCUCAGCUGGGUGCCUGUACCGUAUAUUCAACAGCUGUAUCAGGCACGACUUGAGUAUCUCGAUUAUGCAAGGCAAGCCUUGGAAGGUCGAUUCCAAGACAACCGGAAUCAAGCACCCCUUGGUGGCAAGCCACGACAGGAUAUUAUGCAACGAUUUAUCGAGGCCCAGGACCCGGAAACCGGCGAGCGAAUGGAAUUCCCCGAGCUCAGAGCGGAGGCAUCUUCACUGAUGGUUGCCGGCGCAAGCACAGGCUCAGUGACCAUGAAUUGGAUGACUUAUUAUCUCCAGAAGAACCCAUCCGUCAGACAACGAAUCAUCAGCCAACUCGAGGAGAUGUUUCCCAACAACCUCGACGCUGCUACACCUCUUCCAUUCUCGUCAUUGAACAAACUCAGCCUCCUCGAGGCCACGGAGAUCGAGUGCUUGCGGAUGCACCCGCCAAUCGGUUACUCCAUGCCACGCAUGACUCCUGCUCAAGGCGCCAUCAUCUGCGGCGUCUAUGUCCCUGGGAACGUUGACGUCGGCGUUCCCGCACUCACAAUCGGCCGCAACCCCACUGUCUACCGCGACCCCAAUACCUGGAAUCCCGACCGCUGGUUUGAUGAGAAAGCUGACUUGGCCACCAUGAAGACAUGUUUCCUAGGCUUCGGAUUUGGAAGCAGACAGUGCAUUGGUCGGAAUGUGGCGAAUCAAUUCGUCAUCAAAAUGAUUGCAACGUUGCUGUUAAGAUACGAUAUCCAGCUCGAGGAUCCCAAUCUGGUGUUGGGCACCAAGGAGUUCACGAUUCUGAAACCGGACAGGAGUUAUAAUGUCAUUCUGAGGCCCAGAAAGCAUGCGGGCUGA